AUGAAGAAAAUAAUUCACAAAGCCCUCGUAAAUUUUUAUGAACAUGUCGGUUUAGGUAAAAAGUUCCAUCCUAGCCAUGAUAUAGUACUAAUUAUCGGCGGUUCUUCAAACAAGCUAGGUAUCGAGCUCUGCAAAACAUUUAUCAAAGAUUAUCACACAAAAGUUAUAAAUGUUGACACCACAGACGAUAUUAAUGGUAUAGGCGCAAAAAGUAAUGAGAAAUUGUACACUUUUGUUUCUUGCAAAGAUUUCAGUGACAUAGGGUGCAUUGAAGAAUCCAUGCUUAGCCUUCAAAAUUUAGAAAUACAUCCUACAGUGCUCAUCAACAACAUGCAAGAAGGAAUCAAAUCGACCCUUCUCAAGGAAGACAAAUUUCUGAAGCUUGAUGAUGAAUCGCUGUGUGAGUUCGAAAAAAUUGUUAGGUAUAACUUACAAAGCGUAAUAUUGAUAACCAAAUUCUGCUUAAGUAAUCUUUUUCCAAGGGUCCACGUUGAAGCUCAAGAAAAAGGAAGGGGGUUUUAUAUUGUCAAUAUAUCAACGAUAUUGACGUUAAAACCGUCAAAAUCAGGUACGCAUUUUAUUACCUCCAAAUGUGGUAUAAACUCUUUCCACGAUGGAAUAACCUCAGAGCUCAAAUUGAAGGAUAAUAAUUUCAAGGUUAAAACUUUACUCGCAUAUUUGCCCAACUUUGAAAGUGAAGAACAUUGGAAAAUACUUUCUCCAAAUUUUUCGAAACAUCUUGUACAAUGUCUACUUGAAGGAAGAUAUGGCGAUACCAUUCUCGGAAGCAAGAGAUCAAUUGGUGACAUCCUUUUAAUAACUGGCUUUAAAAACUCAUUUACUUAA